GGUUAAAAGCCGUGACAUUUUGUGCCUAUGUGAUUUUCACCAUAUUGGCGCCGAUGGUUGCGUUUGUCAUCGGUGUUGGAAACUCAAACUAAUCCUCACACAAAUAGAAUUGUUAGUUUGCAGUAACUUCAACUGGGGCUUUCGUGUGGAUCCCAACUAAAUCUUUGACUGUAAAGUAGCGACCUAUCCAUAGAAUAUCAGUGGUUGGGUGAUCAGAACCAAUUCAAAAAUUUACUUCAGUAAAUUACAGUUUAUCAUUAACAUUUUCGAGCUGCUGUAAUUAAGAUAUAGUCAUAGUGCGUGUUGCAGACUUUAGAAAUAUUUGUUUGCUUACUUCUUUUGGAUUGUGUGCGCACAAUUAAUUUUGUAUUAAAUUUUCACUUGUCACUUGUUACUACGUUUAACUUCGAAGGCCACCUAAAAACCAAAUCGAGAUCUUAGACGAAGAAUCUACCAGACAAUGAGUGAUUCCGCAUUGAAGCUGUCGCAUAUAUUCUGGGAGGCGGGUGCGGCAUUUGGCAAGCUGUCGGAGUUGACCCGGGACAUGCACAACUUGAAUGAUAACCAGACAAGAUGGAACGAGGAGGAGGUGGAGAUGCUGCGUGCUUGCGUCCACCGCUUUGCCAUUGAUCUGCACCAGCUCAGUCUGCACAUUAAAAGCAAAACUAUUGAGCAAAUCAAAAGAACUUUAAGGAAGAAGGCAUUUGAAGAUGCUGGCAUUCCUCUGCCAGAGACUAACGCUCCUUCUGAGUCUGAGCCGGAGCCCGCCUCCACUGCCAGCACAGAGCCCAGCGACUUCUCCUCGGAAUCUGAGAGGUGGACAGGCAGCAGCGAGGAGGAGGAGGCAUCAUCCUAAGUCAUCUGCCAUGCCAUCUGUACCAUCUCUCUCUCUGUUUCUGUAUCUCAUGGUUUACUUUCCCAUGUUAAUUUAUAUUUUAAGUUAAAUAUAUAGCUCUAAGUGAUUAUGUGAAUUAUAUUCAAUGUAAAAGUAAGUUAGGAAAGGUUUCUUUACCUUCAUUAAAUAAGAGUUGAAUUAUUUAAAUAUGGUCUCAUAUACAAUAAUGAUUUAGCAGACGUUGUCUGAGCUGAAGUGAGGCGCGCUGCGUCACUCGGCUCCGGCGACCUCAUGCAAACUAUGUACAUUCCACUUCACUCCUCCAAUGUCUAGUCUCCAAUGUAACCAAUUAUUUAUUUAGUUAUUAAGUAACAUGUGGAUAAAAGUUCACCGACACAGCUCUUCUCUCCCGCGCAGCCAACGCACAACUUUAUCUCUUACAGUGAGGUCUCAUAAAAGAUGUAUUAUUAUAUUUUUCAAAUAUCUUGGUGGGCCAAAGUGAAGCGGUAUGCUACACACCUACACACCGAGAGUUGUGUUCUGCGCAGUGACCAUCCAAGAUAUAGGAAAGCUAUAGUAACAAUAAAAAUGAUUUUCUAAUAGUUAUUUUGCCUAACCUGUAGAGUACAUUUACAUCAAGUACCAAAAGAGGACGAAGAGAGAGCGUUGAACGUGUGUCUGUUCAGUUUAGUUUAGUUGCGGCACAUCCGCACCUUGUUGGUGUGCGCCAUGUUCCUGUCUUUGUUGCUUGCGGGCCGCCUCUGUUUUUAUUUUAAGUUAAUGCAUUAUUUGAUCGUGUCAUUUUACACUUUUACUAAACUCUCCAUUAUAUGUAAAAAUUUAUUUUAACUUACAAAAAUGUUUAUCUACUUUUUGUCAUUUGAUUUUAUU